GUCGCUGGCGGCUGAUUGCGUCGACCUCGACCUUCCGACAAGUACUUGUAAACAGCGAACGAUGAACACCGUUCGUCGAGUGUAAUAGGCGUGACAGUUUCAGCCUGGCGCAACAAUACAACAAAUCACCGCGAAUGGUCUUGGGUCAUUGAUGUCGCCUGCGUUGUGCAGACCUCCUUCCCAUGUUGACAGAACAUGAGCACAGGCGACUAUGAGCGAUGAUGCCCCAUCAAGCUCUGCGGCGCCGACACGAGACAGCGGCGAUGCUAUUCCAGGCGCGAACGAGUCUCCCGCCACUGGUGGCCAGAGACUGCGCGAUGGUCGCCGACAGACGAAGAAGAAGAAGAAGAACCGGAAGAAGCGCAACGAGGGUCUCAGGAAGAAGCUGGAUUUCAUAACGGAUCUACUCAAGGGGCUGGACACGUUGGUCUUCGCCGAACUGAGUGCGUUAUACUACAUGGAAUGCUCCUUCUUCCGACUUCUGAUCCGUGGCGCCGCGCAAUUGAUGUACCUGUCGCCAAAAGACGAGACUAUCCCAUUUCACAUGCCAGCGAGUCGCCUCCACGUCGUCCUCCUUCUUCUCUCCAAUAUCUGGUGUACAUUGGUACAUGCGUUCAGCGCCGUGCCGCAAGCGAAGGAGUAUCACAGAGGGUAUAUGCAUGGCGGCAUGAUCGUAGACUUUGUUGGGCAGAAACCGCCUGCGUACAGGGCGUACUACCUGCUUGCCGAUCUGCUACUUCUUUUGCUGCAGUUUCUCAUGCUCGCUGUUCAUACAGAGCGUGAGAAGCUGCGAGUAUUGCUCAAGACGUUUCGUCCACUUGCUUCGGAAGCUACACUUGCAUCAGCGACGACAACGACAACCGCUCGCACGAUUGAGGAGUUGGACGCAGAGGAAAGGGGCAUGCCGGCGACGGAUGCCGGCCAUGGGGACGCUACCGACGACAUCGAACUGCAGCCUCUGUCCAGGUCAUCGCACGACUUGCGAAGGACGGGUACGGGUGACUCCAAUCAAGAAGUUGGAACAUCGCGAGGUCGCACAGCGGACAUACUCGAUUCGGGCAACGCUACAAUUGGCGAGUACCAUAUUAUUCAGUGUGUAAAGGUCGCGGCCACCGAGACGGAAAGGUCGACGGCGCAGUCCCUGCAAAGUAUAGGCUACCGGGCUACCCUGGCCGCUAUAGACGCGAGGCGUAGGGGCGUUCCUGUACAAAGGCGGGUGUCAACCAGCACGAAUGGAGCAUAGAUGAAUGGACGGAAGAGAGGCAGGCAUACUAGGGCGUUUUGUGGAAAAUACGU